AUGACUACAGAGAAUGAGAGAAAUGCUCGACAGAGCCAUGACAGCAGGAGUGAAUCUUCUGAAAUUUACUCCAGCGAGAGAUACGAUUCGGCUAAUGAUGUCAAGGUGGUUGGAGGAGGCCAGGACCAGGUUGUUGAAGAAAUCAUCGCCAACCGAGUGGAUGCAAAUGCGGAGGUCAUCACGGAUAGAGGAGUCUACCGGGUGGAGGCGCUCAAAAAGUUGUUGUAUUCUCAUGAGAACGGGCUCAGAAUGAGAAUCAUCUUGGGUGUUUCUGUGCUUUUGUGUUCGUGGGCUAUUUCGUUGGACUGGUCUGUUACCAGUAACUUGAGACCCUGGGCUACUUCUGAUUUUGAGCAGCACUCCAUGGGCCUAGGUGCCCUUUCUGUAGCUGUCCAGCUUAUUACAGCUAUUUCCAAACCCGUUUGGGCAAGAACAGCCAAUAUCGUCUCACGUCCAGCCACCUACUUGAUCUCCUUGAUCUUUUACGUCCUCGGUUACAUAAUCGUUGCUUCAAGUACCACGAUCUCAGCUUAUAUUGUCGGGUCGGCCUUGUCGGCUGCUGGCGAGUCUGGCGUAGAGUUUUUGAGUCUGAUCAUUGUGGCCGAUAUGACAUCUUUGAAAUGGAGAGCUCUUGCAACUUCCACCUUGAGUACCCCAUACAUCAUCAACACAUGGUACGCCGGCCACAUUGUGUCGGAUUUGGGACCCACAGGCUGGAGAUGGGGUUACGGAAUGUUUUGUAUCAUUGUGCCCGUGGUUCUUGCUCCUGCUACGACGAUCAUGUUCUACUACGAGAACAAGGCUCAAAAGAGUCUUGAUGUAAGCGAGAAAGGCCCAGACAAGGAUAUCAUUUUUAGGAAGAACUGGAAAAAGCUCGUCUGGAGGGUCUUGGUGGAGGUUGACAUCUUGGGCUUGCUUUUGUUGGGCUUUGCAUUCGCCUUGAUUUUGUUGCCCUUCUCGCUCUACAGAAAUGCUGAAAACCAAUGGAGAAAUCCAAGUUUGAUCGCUAUGCUUGUUGUGGGCGGAGUCCUUCUUAUCUCCUUUUUUGUUUACGAGUUUGUUUGGGCUCCAUUUCCAAUCUUACCUAGGAGAUGUGUGAACCGAACUCUUGUCGGAUCGAUCGUUAUCACCUUCUUUUUCCAACUUGCCGGUAUGGUUCCACUCACGUACUUGUCGUCGUAUGUGUGGAUUGUGAAGGACUGGAGUAACCAAGAAUGGACCUACUAUAACAACACUUUGACAAUGGCUCUAUGCGUAUUUGGUGUGGUAUCUGGAGCUCUCAUGAGAGUCACACAUAGCUUCAAGAUCUACCAGUACUUCGGAAUUGUCAUGGAGAUAAUCGGCUCGGGUAUCAUGAUCGAUGGAAGGUUAGCAAGUGACAAUACCGUUAUUUUGGUAUGGUCGUCCAUUCUUUCGGGUAUGGGAGGAGGUUUCACUGUUCCAGCUUGUAACGUCUCUUUGCAGGCUUCGGUUCCUCACAGAGAUAUGGCAAUUUCCAUCUCCAUCAUGUCCUUGGCUUCCAACAUCGGAAGCUCGAUAGGAUCUACCAUUUCGACGGCUAUAUGGCAAGGACAAAUGGAGGCCUCCUUAAGAGCACACAUGCCAAGUAACGUCACCAACGAGGAGAUAAGAGGCUACUUCAACAAUAUCACCAAUCUUGAAGGAUACGAAUUUACUUCUGCUGUGAGGCAAGCAGGAAUCCAGGCAUACAGAGAAGUGAACUUCUAUUUUUAUCCAAUUGCGGUCAGUUUACAGGCUAUUCGUCUUGCUGCAGCUUACCUACAGAGGAGCUACUAUUUGGGUGAAACCAACAACGCUGUGGAGGACGAUGACGGUGUUCCUAUUCCACUUGAAGAGAGGAAAAUGAAAGCGGGAUUGAGAGACAGUAAUCCAGAGAAGGAUAUUGAGGUGAAGGAUCCUGAAAGCAGAGAAUAA